AUGUCGGCCCGAGACGGCGGUACGCCGGCCGAUGAUCCCGGGAGCUGUCCCGGCAGCGCGGCCAGCCGGAUGCGGACGCCGAUCGGUCGAAGGGGCCGGCCGGAGGACUCGACAGGCGGGGCGGGCCGGACGGCGGCGGCCGCGUCCUCGGUGGAGCGCCUGGCGGCGUUCAAAGUGCCCACCUGGUCUCCCGUCGUGGGCUCCGUGCCGAUCCAGCCUCCGCUGCAGUCCGGGCCGCAACCCCUGGCGGGCGAGGUCAAGAGCUGUCCAGUUCCGACAUGGUCCCCAGUGGUCGGGCUUCUCCCACAGCAACAGGAAGCAGCGGCCCAGCCGCUCCCAUUCCUCACGCCUGUAAUCAAUGGAUCCCCACCCAAUCCAGAUGGGAGUGCCAGCCUCCAAGGGCAGCGCCUCCUGUUCUCCACUCCCAGUGAACGAUCUUCGGUCUCUGAGACCCCAGUUGCUUGGACCCAGGUUUCCAGCCCACUGUCCACACCACUUGUCUGUUUGACAGAUGCCAGCCUGGGAAGGCGCCGCUCUCGCUCUGCAUCUCCCCAAGGCAGGGAACACGGCACACCCCGGCCUGUGGUGUGGCAUGACAACGCCCUUUAUGGCGCUGCGGCUGCUGUGCCAGGCACAAGCUGCAUCAAGGCAAGCCAGCCAGCGUGGCUGAGCGCCAAAUUCGCUGAAGUUGCCCUGGACCUGCCUUGCCCCCCACAAUGCGACCAUCAUCCUGAACCUGAGGGGCAAAUGACCAUCUCAGGUGCAGAGGACAGGCGAGAUGGGGUGGCUGCGUCAAGGGUCAUAUCCGGCCUGCAGCUGAACACUGCCCUGCACCUCAACACAGGGUCGGGGAUCGGCAGGUACAGAGCCGGGGUGUUGGAACCCACGAAGAGCAGCGAGGCCGUUGGGGGCCAAGGCGGCAAGUCGCUGGCUGCGGCAGUCGACAUGGAGGUUGGAGACGACGUGGAGAACGAAUGGACAAUUGGGGCUGCGAGGAGGGCCGGGAUCAUAGGCCGCGAGGAAGAGGAGGCUUGA